AUGGAGCGCGUUACGUGUAUGCUGAUCAUGAUAUCAGGUUGCCUGGUAGUGCAAGGCGCGGCUAUCGCCUCGCUGUCCCUCGUGAUUGCGAUCUAUAUGAAGCCUGAGGAGACGUUCCGAGCGAGAUUCCGCUUGAUCAUGAGAGACAUGAUAGAGUCCAAGGUGCCUGCAAGUCUGAGUAAAAAGGUACACACGUUCUACAAGAUGUACUGGCACAAGCAAAAGGCUGUUUGCACCACUCAACUCCUGCCUACGUUUCCACCUUGGUUACCCUCUAUAGUCCACACGGAUAUUUACUUUAAGGCUACCCAAAGGGAACAUUUUGAAAGAGUUAAAAGGCAUUACUAUUUAAAAAAGCCUGAGGAAUGCAAAUACAAAAGCAGCAUUCGACAGUUCAAACGUAACUUGAUGAUGCUGAAAGAAGCCAGAGAUGAGAACGGAGAUCUGCUGCUGGCACGCACCGAUGUCAUGCUCGACAUUGCUGGUUGCUACAUUAUGAGAAACGUUAGUUUUGAAAUAGUUUUUGUCAUUUACAUUGAAGCAAACUAG